GAUCGCUUACCCGACAAGAAGCCCCGGCACACGGUCUUGAUCAUCGACUCGACUCUCGGGAACCCCGCUGAUGCCGCGAAUGACGGCCAUGGUAUAGGGAUUCCCGAGCGUGGCGCAUCACAGAGCCUCGAUCCCGUCAUAGAAAAGUCACCGAAGCCCAUAUAAAGCCCGGGCUGUUAUCCUAGUGGGGCUGUCAGCUGGCCUCCAUCCAGGCUAUAUCAGCAGUCGUACCGCCGGUUUCUUAUCGUUGCUAGCAUUGCUGCGUUUGAGGGCAUCAUGGCCGAUGGAGGCGACGGCAGCACGAGCCGCGCUCUCACGUGCUGGCUGCUGGACACCAGGUCGAUAUGGCCUGGCACCAAGAUCACCGACUCGGAAUAUGCCCGAGAAGCCCUGUCUCUCAUCAGCCCCGAGGAGCGUGAGAAUGUAACACGCAAGUACCACAUAGCUGAUGCCCGAAUGAGUCUUGGCUCCGCACUGCUCAAGCGUCUCUUCGUCCACAAGGCACUGGGCAUUCCGUGGAAGGACAUCCGCUUCGGCCGGAAACGUGAUCCUAAACACGGAAAGCCUGUUGCGCUGCUGGCUCCCCCACAACUUGGCGAGGCACCUCUUGAAUUCAACAUAUCGCACCAGGCUGGUCUUGUUGCCUUGGUUGGGUGCAAGACAGAUGAGCUAGACGCAGAAGUAGGCGUGGACAUUGUCUGUGUCAACGAAAGAAACGAGUACCGCGUUAUCGACCAAGAAGGAUUCGACGGCUGGAUAGACAUGUACGCCGAAAUCUACAGUCAGGAAGAGUUGUUCGAUUUGAAGUACAAUGUCGAUCCGUUUCCUCUUCUCGACGGCACAAUGGUCACGCGGGACAUGCUCGGUCGCCAUGAUCGGUGCUGCUCACGGAGCCAGCAUCUUAGUAUCAUGUUGCCGAGCGGAGAGAGGAGGACGUUUGAUUCGGAUCUCUUGAUCGAUGCAAAGCUAAGACGCUUCUACACGUUCUGGUGCUACAAGGAGGCUUACAUCAAGCUCGACGGUGAAGCUCUCCUUGCCAAAUGGAUUCCCCAGCUCGAAUUCAAAAACGUUCGCGCUCCGAGGGCGGGAACACCAGCGCGCUGCAGUACGCAUGGAACAUGGGGUGAACGUGUAACCGACGCAGAGGUCUGGUUCUCGAUGAAGAAUGACGGAAAUGGCCCCGUGGCCGUAAAGGGCCUGAAGAGUGGCGAGAGCAAGAAGCUGGACGACACGAGAGUAGAGAUUCAGGCUUUCGAAGAGAACUUUAUGAUUGGCGUCGCGGCCAAGGAAAGAGAGGUUGCGGUUGUUGAUGGAAACAAACGCAAGCUUCCAGAUGUACUCACCAACUUUGAGGCGUUGCAUCUGGAAGACAUGAUGAGUGUUGCCAGGGAUGCUUGAUAUGAUUGGACUUUUCGCUAGAAAGGUCUUGGCGACGAAGCAGUAGAUUUGUUAGACCCCAU